CUUCAAGCAAAUAUCAACAAUAUGAUAGCUCAAAUGACACGAACCAACACUGACACAAAUGCUACAGCUCCAUGUAGAAGUGCAACACCAGCACCCACAAGUAAGUACACUCCGGCUCCUAUAUUAGAUGAUCUUAUCAUGAAAGCAUCCAAGGUUUUACUCCAAGGACAGAAUAGAACAACAUCGUCAACAUCCAAGAAGUUCAUAGGUUUUCUAACACUUAAGCAGCAAAAACGGAGAGUGUUCGAAUUUG